AUGAGCACUGGCACAAAUUUGAAUACUUCUGAUGCAAAUUCCAGUAACAUUGAAGGUGGUUAUAAUGUGGAUAUAUCACCGGGGAUGACUGAAUAUUGGAUUCCUAAUUGUGAAGAUGGGAGCAAACCUAAGAUUGGUAUGACAUUUAGUACUUUAGACGCUGCUGUAUCAUUUUACAAUAACUAUGCUGCUAAAGUUGGCUUUGAUAUAAGGUCUAGUUCUAUUAUGAAGUCUAAGGAUGGAGUGAUUCUGAUAAAGUACAUUCUUUGUAGUAGAGAAGGGUAUAAGAAUGUUACCGGUAGUUCUACAUUGAAUGUAGAUGAAGCAUCAAGUUCUUCAAUUACAAAGAGGAGAAGAGUCUUAAAUAGGACAGGUUGCAAAGCCAGAAUUGUGUUCAAAUUCAUAGGAAGUCUUGGUUAUGGUGUUAAAAAAUUUGAGGAAAGACAUAACCACUGUAUGUCAUCAAUCCUAGCAAAACAGUUUCUAAAGAUCAAUAGGAACAUUGAUGUGGGACAUCAAAAGUUCAUUGCAAAUUGUGCACGAGCAAAUAUUGGGCCAACAAAAUCAUUUAACUUGUACAAGGAGAUGGUCAGCGAUUUUUCCAAUGUAGGUGCAACAAAUGUUGACUUUAAGAACUUCAAUAGGGAUAUUAGAGCAUAUAUAAUAGGUGCUAAUGGACAAAUGAUUGUGAAUAAUUUUUUUAAGAAAAAGGAGGUGUGUGAAGCAUUUUAUUUUGUAUAUGACAUUGAUGAAGAUGAGCACUUGUGCAAGCUUUUUUGGGCAGAUCCAAUUUCAAGAAAGAAUUUUGGUUGUUUUGGGGAUGUAGUAUCUUUUGAUGGAACGUAUCAAACUAACAGGUACGACAUGAUUUUUACACCGUUCACCAGGAUUGAUAACCACAAGAAAAGCAUUACAUUUGCAGUUGGAUUGUUAACAAAAGAGGACAUUGCAUCCUAUAUUUGGUUAUUUGAACACUUUAAGAAAGCAAUGGGUGCAGAGCCAAAAGUAAUUGUUACUGAUCAAGAUCCAACAAUGAGACAAGCAAUUCCAGCAGUAUUUAAUGAAGCUAGGCAUCGUUUUUGCAUGUGGCACACAUUAUGUGCAAGGAAGAAAUUGAACUCUGUUGUGUGGAGCUCAUACUUAGAACCUCUUGAAUUCGAGAAUGAAUGGAAAUCAAUCAUGGAAGAGUUUGAUUUAGUCAAUAACAACUGGUUUGUACAAAUGUUUGAGUUGCGAAGAUUUUGGAUACCAGCCUAUUUUAGAGAUGCUCCUAUGGCUGGUUUAUUGAGGACUACAUCACGCUCGGAAGGUGAAAAUGCUGUUUUUAGUCAAUUUACUACGCCUCUCUCUAGUCUUGUCCAGUUUUAUAUGCAGUUUGAGCGUGCUUUGGACUCUCAAAGACACAAUCAUGCAAAACUUACAAGUGAUAGUGAUGGGAACAUCCCAGAAAUGAAGACACCUUUGCCCAUUGAAAAGCAUGCUUCAACUGUAUACACACUCUCUAUUUUCUAUGAUAUUCAGAAGGAAAUAUGCACAACAUGUUUUAAUUGUCGAGUUUUGAGUAUUCGAGAAGAUGGUGGCAUACUAUAUUAUGAGAUCAAAGAUGGCAGUGAUAGAAAGUUUACUGUUGAGCACAAUGUAACUAAAAAGAAAGCUGUUUGUAGUUGCAAGAUAUUUGGAAGAAUUGGAUUGUUGUGUAGCCACACUUUUGUGGUUUUUAAGGAUUUGAACUUUGAUAAAAUCCCUAUGAAAUAUGUGUUGAAUCGAUGGACUAAGGAUGCAUCCUUAAAGCUUAUCUUCCAUAUUGAUGGUCUCACAUUUGAUCAAGGUGCAAGAAUGGAUGAGAGGAAGGUGUUGUUAGCGCAAUUGUGGGGUGAUAUGCAGUGUUGUAUUGGUCUAGCAGAAGAAGCAAAGUGGAUAAAUUUGUUGAAUUUCCACAAGUGA